AUGACAUGUCCUGGUUGCACAGUUGAUUCGGCCUGUCCUAGCCAACAGCCUCUGAAAGAAAAGGUCGCUGUCACCAGUGGCUCCCACGGAGAAAUCGGUGUUCAGAUCGCUCGAGAACUCUCGGCUUGCGGUGCGAACAUCGUCAUAAACUAUCCUUCUCCUCGUCGACAACGCGCAGAGGCAGUCGCGUCCAGUUUGCAUACGCCUAGCAUCACAGUGGAAGCCGAUAUUUCUACUAUUUCUACCCCUGAGGGGCCACGGAAUCUUAUCAAGGCGGCUGUUGCAUCCUUCGGAGCAAUUGACAUCCUACUCAAUAAUGUCGGGAAAGCUGUGGACCUGCCAUUCGAAGAGCAGACACUUGAGCAUUGGGGAGAUUUGGUGAACCUCAACGGUCGAGGAACAUUCCUUCUCACCCAAGCGGCCCUUCCUCAUCUUGCUUCUCGGGGGUCGCGAAUCAUCAACAUCUCCAGCAUCUCGGCAAAGGAAGGAAUUCCUUUGCAGACAAUCCUAUCCAGAAGCAAAGCUAUGGUUGAAAGCUUCACCAAGGUGUGGGCGAAAGAAUCACCUCCGAAAUACAACUGCACCAUGAACUGUGUGUCACCUGGACCCACGCGAACGGAAGCAUUUAAUGCGGCAAGUGCGGAUUUCAUGGGAGUCAUCAAGCCCCUGCUUGAAAGCACCCCAGUUGCCAGCAGAGCCGCUGAGACAAGCGAGAUAGCGUACGCUGUGUACAUGGCUGAAUGGGGUCAAUUUGGUUGUCAGUGGGGGGGUUAA